AUGGAGCGGUGGUCAGGGCAAAUUGCCGUCGUAACUGGUGCGAGUGCAGGAAUUGGUGCUGCUAUUGCAGAAAAGUUGGUUGAACAUGGCUUAAAGGUUGUUGGGAUAGCAAGAAGGAAAGAACGUAUUGAGGAAUUGGCAGAUAAGCUAAAAAAUAAACCAGGUUCCCUUCAUGCCGUAAAAGCUGAUGUUAUGCAACAAGAAGAAAUCAUCGAGGCGUUCGAUUGGAUCAAUAAGAAUGUUGGACCUAUAAGUAUACUCAUUAAUAACGCUGGUAUUGGAAGAAGAACAAACCUAAUAGAUGGAGACAUUGAGGAAUGGAAAAAGGUUCUGGAUACCAAUUUUCUAGCUACAGCAAUAGCUACAAGAGAAGUUAUAAAAAGUAUGCAAGCAAACAAAAUAGAUGGCCACAUUGUGAAUAUUAACAGCACAGCAGGUCAUCAAGUACCUUCCUUACCUUUUAAUAACGUGUACCCUGCAACCAAAUUCGCAAUUACAGCUCUAUCUGAAACUUUAAGAAAAGACCUUAUUACACUUGGAUGCAAAAUAAAAGUCUCGAGCGUCAGUCCUGGAUGUACCAUGACCGAAAUCUUCGAGGCCAAUGGAUACACUGACGAUGAACAAUGCAAAGAAUUAUUGAAAGUUGUACCAUCGUUAAAAGCUGAAGAUGUUGCCAAUGCUGUGGUGUAUGUGCUAGGAACUCCUCCUGGUGUACAAGUUACUGAACUGACCGUAAAGCCAUUGGGAGAGUUUGUUUAA